UCCCUCAUUUGUCUCUGCGCUCGACCUGCUUCCCUCAGCAGCUCACAAGGAAGAACCGAAGUCUGCUGCUCGUGACGGGCAUCCAUCGUCUUCUCCUAGUGGAGCGUCAUCAGGCAUGGUCCUCAGUUUUGGUUGAUGACAGCACUACAAGUAGCAGUGCGAGGGCAAAUCGAGGCCUUUUGUCAUGCAUCCUUCGUCACCUUCUGGAUCUUCUUUAUCCGGCGAUUAUCAGGAGGCCUCGUGCGUGGAUGACCUCCCCCACCAGCAAAGCCUGCUCUUUUCAGAUGGCCUCAAGGGCUUGAGGACCAUGAGCUUGCAGUUAAACUCAGCAGCUGAGUAUUUUGAAUUAUCUUACAUUAAUGAUGACCGGAAAGAAACAGUGAUGAGAGCAUUGAAAGAAUAUGCUAUUGAGGCCAUUGUUAAUGCAGUAGAUCAUUUAGGUUCAGUGUCAUACCAGGUCAAUAAUCUUCUCAAUGAAGAGGCUGAUGAGAUCUUUCUAGCAGAGUCAGAAUUAUCUUGUAUGGAGCAGAGACUUUGUACAUGGCAAGCAUGUAUUGACCAAGAAGGACUUUCUCAACAGUCUCUUUUGAUUAGACCCCCAAAGCAUCACAAACACUACAUUCUGCCAGGUGAAUCCAUGGUUGAUUCUGACACACAACCCAUCCUGAAAUUUGAAGGAUUCUAUUCAGCUAACGAGAGCAACACAGUACAAUAUCACCAGACUGCAGCUAGGCGUAAGCUAUCUCCAAUGAGGAAUUCUCGUUCAACAUCUCCUUCACCCCCUCCUCCCGUAAGAGAAAGCAUGUUGCCCCCACCUAGAAUAUGUUCAACUCCACCUUUGCCACACGAAGAGAAGAUCAUUUCUAAAGAAAGAAGAGCAAGUUCACCACUUCGAGCUUCUAGUCCACUUAUACGUGCAAAAUCAGUCUCAAACAGACCAAGUAUUCCCAACUCAUCCAUGCAGUCGCAGUAUACUCUGGAGUCUCAAAAGUCACUUCCAACAAGCAUUUCUGCCGAACAGACAGAUCAUAAGCUCAGAAAUUCAACAAAGAAGAGAGGAUUCCUUAAGAGCUUGCUUUCGCGGAAUAGAUCAUGUACUGAUGAAUCCUUGUACAGCUACUUGGAUGAAUAUUGAUCAAGUUCCCAAGAGUAUAACUUAGCUACUCCUCUAAUAGCCACAAACAGCCAUUUUCUUCAUUAAUUUUUUCCAUGUUAAAAUGGUAUGAUUUUUUGUGUUCUCUGUUAUAGGCAGAUGAAUCAUUGUCCAAGGCAACAAAUAUAAUGCCCAAAGUUUGAGCCA